GGAUUUUAGUAAAAUUGGCUGCCAAAAGUAAUCAAAAAAAUCAAAAUGAUUGAUCAUGACAAAUUUUAAUAAAAAACUCAGGUCAAAAUAAAAAUAUAUUGUGAGCAAUCAGGAGAAAAAAAAAAAAAAAAAUGACACCUUAGGAGUAAUGUGGAGCUUUUCAUCGAUUUGGCUCCGCUCGCUUCUCUUCUCUCCGUCGUGUUCCUGAAACGCGAGGAGCUAAUCGGAGACUCCCGCCUUCGCCUCUCCAGAAACGCCGAAUCCAGCGUUCUUCCAAAGAUUGUUUCUCGAAUCUGGACAUGAGGUUUUUUCUGUACCUGGAAGAAGAGGAAAGAAGUCGUGAUGAGUUCUGCUCUCUGUUUGCUCAGGAAAGAAACAGAAUGAAUUCUGGAAUUCGUUUGGUUCUUGAAAUCUGAAGCCGAUUAAAAGUAGAGAGAUGGGAAGAAUUGCUGUUGCAGCCCUUGUCAGUUUGUGGGUUAUUCCCAUCUCUAUUCUCGUGAAUCACAUUGUUCCUGAUCCUUACAUGGAUGAAAUCUUCCACAUACCUCAGGCUCAACAGUACUGCAAGGGCAAUUUCAGAAGUUGGGAUCCAAUGAUCACCACUCCCCCUGGCCUGUACUAUCUUUCACUUGCCCAUGUUGCUUCUUUGUUUCCAGGCAUGCUAUGUGCACAAGUAGCUUCAUCAUUUUCAGAUGUCUGCUCUACUGCAGUUCUUCGCUCCAUCAAUGGUAUCUUGGCAGUAGUAUGCAGCAUUCUUUUUUAUGAGAUAAUCAUCCAUCUGAGGCCAGCUCUUGACAGAAGAAAAGCAACUCUUUGUGCAGUCAUUUUAGCUUUGUACCCACUUCACUGGUUCUUCACUUUCCUUUACUAUACAGAUGUAGCAUCACUAACUGCUGUCCUGGCCAUGUAUUUAGCAGCGCUGAAGAAGAAUUACCAGUUCAGUGCAUUGCUGGGGGUUGUCUCCAUAUUAAUUCGACAAACAAAUAUUAUUUGGAUGCUUUUCGUUGCAUGUACGGAGAUUAUCAAUAUUACUAUGGUCCAUCAAAGAGAUAAUGUAAUUGUAGAUGAUGUGGCAAUCAGGAAGAAUGUCACAAUGGGCGCAAACUUGAGAAAGCGAAAGCUGGGGAAUGCUGUGGAUGGGGCCAAUUAUUUUAGAACCAAUACAAGCACCUCUUCAACCGCAAAUGCAUCAGGUUUGCUUGAUGAGAUUCAGGCAAUCUUGAUUUCAUCAUGGCAUUUGAAGUAUGAGCUUUUGGUUUCCUUCUGCCCUUUCUUUGUAGUGUUGGUGGCUUUUGCUGCAUUUAUCCUCUUAAAUGGGAGUGUUGUUUUAGGUGCAAAAGAAGCUCAUGCUGUUUCCCCACAUUUGGCACAGAUACUCUAUUUUAGUUUGGUCUCUGCUAUAUCUAUGGCUCCUCUGCACUUCACUUUUAGUCAAGCUGUGAACCUGUUCCAGUUAAUGUGGAAGAAUAGGCCCUACUGUUUUUUAAUAGGGUUUCUGGCUCUCACUGCUGGUUUCCUAUCAGUGCAUUUUUUCAGCCUAGCUCAUCCCUAUCUUCUUGCUGACAAUCGGCACUAUACUUUUUAUCUUUGGCGGAGGAUAAUUGGACUUCAUUGGUCAAUGAAGUACAUUCUGGUCCCACUAUAUAUUUAUUCAUGGCUUUCCAUUUUCAGUAUAUUGGGGAGAGUUCAGAAGAAGACUGGGGUGUUGGCGUAUUUCCUGGCUUCUGCUGCUGUUCUGGUUCCUGCUCCCCUGAUUGAGUUCAGAUACUAUACCAUUCCAUUCUAUUUCUUGAUGCUUCAUUCGCCUAUUUAUGAUUAUAGAAGUUGGCUUCUAGCUGGAAUUCUUUAUAUAGCCAUCAAUGUCUUCACAAUGAUGAUGUUCUUGUUUCGACCAUUUCAUUGGAACCAUGAGCCUGGGAUCCAGAGGUUUAUAUGGUAGACAUUCUUAUGAAAUGCUUAAAGCUUCAUGGAUUCUUUAUCCAAGCUCUUUUUAGAAAUCAAGGGUUUCAGAGUUUAUUACUCUCUAUGCAUUUGUACUGUUUGUUUCAAAAACCAUGGCACAUAGAGAUUUUUAAUUGAUGAGGCCUGUAAAUUAUUCAGUGGAGGAAAUGAAAAUCUCCCAGCUUUGCUCA